AAUGAAAGAGAAAAUCAUACCUGUUUGCUCUAUUGUGUCUGUGGCUCUAUUGUACCUCGUCUGUUGUCAUUUUUGUUUUGUCAACUUCUCGGCACGUUCUCUGUGAAGUAGGCUACGGGAGUUUUGUAACUUUUUCUGGAAUCUAUCUAUUUUGGAUUCCAAAAAUAGAAAAGUGCAUUGGGACUUUUGAUUCAUAUACUAACGCAAAUCUGGUUGAAUCAACAUUUUUCAAAGUAAUUUCAACUAAAAAAAUCUAUGUUAUGACUUUGAAUCUAGGUGGAAAACUGAUUGGAUUUGCAAAAAGUCAUCAAUGUAAGGAAAUUUCGUUUAUUAUUAUUUUUAUCAAACCCAAAUCCAAUUACAUGGUGACAUUUUUGGUUGAUUUCACAUUGAAUUCACGUUAGUGGACAACUCAACCAAAUGUGACGUUGGCGUUGAACUGACAUCUGUGCUCAGUGGGAUACAACACUUGCCCUGUUGCUAUUGGUGUAAAGGCAAGCUGCCAAUCAUGCAUUCGCUUGGCUCUUUUCAAGGCACCCGCGCUGUACCUGACUGUCACGUUGUUUAGGACAGAGCGCUUUAAGCUGUCCACCAAUAGUGAACUUGUGUCACCAAGGCAUUUAUAAUCCAUAUCCAGCAUUUGUUCACGCACAACUGGGUCGGUAUGGAAGAGGCAGACCUGGUCAAGGAGCGGCUCCAAGCCAUAACGGAUAAGAGGAAAGUCCAAGAGGACAUUGCUCAUAAAAAGAUGGAGAUUGACAAGGAGAAAUUAAAGCUUCAGCACUUAAAGAAAAAGUCCUUGAGAGAGCAAUGGCUCAUGGAUGGAGCAGCCAUCCAGAGCCCACAACAGAGAGAGACUUUGAGGGGAGAUCAACAACAAACUAAGUUCCUCCAGACCAGCAUCCACAGGAUUGAGAAAGAGAUUGAGGCUAUGGAGAGGGAAGAGACGAUGAUAUCAAAAAACGAGGGCUUCAUACUGAAGAGACUGAAGGCUAUUGAGAAAACCCCUGAGGAGAUAAUAAAGGAGGCAAAUGAGAAUUUCAAAGAAGCUAGUCUAGAUGUCCCAAAGUUCUACAAGCCUCAAAUUUCAAGGAAGCAGUCCUUUAAAUUUAAUAAGGACACACCCAAACAAACCAUGUUUGCAAUGGAGAUCAACGUCCAGAAGGACCUCCGUACCGGGGAGAGCCGGGUCCUGUCUACAUCCACCGUCAACCCCCAGGAGCUCCAGCAGAGAGGGGUUAAAGUCUACGACGACGGCCGUAAGUCCGUCUAUGCCCUGCAGUCUGAUGGGUCUCACCUGGGGAAUGGAGUGGAUGAGCUCAGCCCUAUAGAGGUGGAGGAGCUACUGCGAGCAGCCACAGAACAGAAGAAGUCUCAGAGAGGACCUCGGGGCCACCAGGGCCAUCAGGAAUCAGCACCUGCAUUCUCCCCCAACUAUAGCCCUCGGGGCCACCAGGAACCAGUGCCUGUAAUUUCCCCCAACUGUGGCCCUCUGGGCCACCAGGAACCAGUGCCUGCAUUCUCCCCCAACUGUGGCCCUCGUGGCCACCAGGAAGCAGUGCCUGCAUUCUCCCCCAACUAUAGCCCUCGGGGCCACCAGGAACCAGUGCCUGCAUUCUCCCCAAACUGUGGGCCUCGUGGCCACCAGGAACCAGUGCCUGCAUUCUCCCCCAACUGUGGCCCUCGUGGCCACCAGGAAGCAGUGCCUGUAUUCUCCACCCCCUGUGGCCCUUUGGUCCACCAGGAACCAGUGCCUGCAUUCUCCACCCCCUGUGACCUUCGGAGCCACCAGGAGCUCAGCCCUAUGGAGGUGGAGAAGCUGCUCCGAAAGGCUAUAGUACAGAAGAUGCCUCAAAGCGGAGCUUUCUCACAGGACCAUCAGGUUCACCAGAAAUCAGUGCCUGCAUUCUCCACCACCUCCGGCAGGAGUGCCUCAGCCUCUAACAGGCCCCAACAGAGUCAUGCUAAAGUCCUCCAAGGAACCAAUGGGAAUGGGUAUCAGCAGGAGUUGUAUGAGCAUGACGUCCUCUCCAGGAAGGAGCUCCACUACAUUGAUGGAGUCCACUACUCAGGGCCGGAGAGUCUCUCCUCCUCCCCUCACAUUCCAGUCCCCUCUUUCAUCUGCAGGAAGGACGAGGAGUACUACCAGCCAACCAACGGGUACAACCAGAACCCUUUCUCCUAUGGCGGGGAGUUUCACCCCACCCACAACUCCUACCAUAGCCCUAGAGAGAGCCAGCAAGGCGGGAUGUUUUACAACUCGUUGGCUAAAAAGGACCAGAAAUCAUCUCCGAUCUACCAGGAAGACUUGCACUUCAGUAUCCUGAACGCCAUAGACACAUCUGAGCCUAUCACUGCGAUCUUUAUGGGCUACCAAACCGCCAAGGAUGACAGUGGACGUGGUCUGGGCUACGAAGGGUCCAUCCGGGCUGAGCUUGUCGUCAUUGGCGAUGAGGAUGGGGUGGACGAGAGUAACCCUCAGCUUAACACCUACAACCGGGAUGGAUGCAACAACUGGGGUUAUCAUCACUCUCAACCUCAACAGAAAUUAAUACAGUACAUGGCAGAGCCCACCGCUAAUAUUAACGCUAACAAUGCGUCACCGUACACAGCGUCAAAGAAGUUGGUCUACCCUGGUCAACAGGCCAAAGAGGCAUGCUACCCAUAUUCAGACGGACAGAUGGACGGGACAGAGAAGCACCCAGCCCCAGGUAUCUUAAAGAUUCAAAAGAUUCAAAAGAGAAAGAAGCCAUGCUGUAUGCUCAUGUAACCAACCUGCAACUGUUGACACUAGCUACCUAACAUCACUUCCUUUGCUUUGACUGACAGCACUUUUGAGGUUUCUCAUUGGCUGGCUAGUGUGUUGAACUGUAUGCUGUAUGCUGGCUUCUCUGUUGCAUCAGUUUGUUCUUGUCUUAAUCAUUGUAACACAUACUGACCUGAAACUCUCAUUCUAAUCACACUCUGUCACUGUUUACAUACAUAGUGAUGUUGUGUAUCCAUACCAGAGCUUGUUUUGAUACUUGAAGUCAAACUCUGCCUCUCUCUAGUGGCUGGAAGACAGUAAUGCUGUAACUUUGGUUUCCGACAGGAGGCCAAAAUGUGCUUGACUGCUUGUAUAAUAUGUCAAAUAUUAUUGGAUAUUUUUUAUGUUUCUACUUUUGGAUAACAAAGCUAGAAUGAACUUUUUUACUGACAUAUUAUAAAUAACUGGUCUGAAGGUACAGUGCAAAUCAAAUGUACACUGAUUAAAUCAUUGUGUUGCACUAACUUAAUAUUUAUUAUUUUGCAUGUGUUUUUAGAAUCUCUUUUCCACAUUGCAAUGUUCUUAUGCCAUGUCUGUACUCUGUAUACUUACAGUAAUAUGCAUGAUUGCUUGCCCAGUAACUUAAACAGUAAUUAACUCAUUAUUGACUGCCUUAAUCCUCUUGUGUAACAAUGAUCUGUUUGAGUGUGUGUGUGUGUGUGUUGUGUGUGUGUGUGUGUGUGUGUGUGUGUGUGUGUGUGUGUGUGUGUGUGUGUGUGUGUGUGUGUGUGUGUGUGAGAGAGAGAGGUUACGCUUUUUGAAAUAAACAUGUAACAAUAUGAACGGAGUAUACAAAACAUUAAGAACAAUUGAUCUUUCCAUGACAUAGUCUGUCCAGGUGAAUCCAGGUAAAAGAUAUGAUCCCUUAUUGAUGUCACUU